CCCGCCUGUGGAAGACGCUGACCUUCGUGGUGGCGCUGCCCGGAGUGGCCGUGUGCAUGGUGAACUGCUACCUGAAGGCUCAGCACGGGCACGAGCGCCCCGAGUUCAUCCCCUACGCCCACCUCCGCAUCAGGACCAAGCCUUUCCCCUGGGGCGAUGGGAACAAAACCCUGUUCCACAACCCCCACGUUAACGCUCUCCCAACCGGCUAUGAAGAUGAAAACUGA